AUGACAGUUGACCCCCUUUCACCUAUCGCGCCGGCGCGCUUACGGGUCCUAUUGCUUCCCGUUGGUAGAAUCCGGCGGUCCAGGUUUCUAAGCUUCGCUGAACGUCUCCGAGCGCACAAUGUAGUUCGCCUGGGGGAUGUGAGCCCUGAGGGGCGCACGAGCAAGAAUACGUUCUCCCCGCUCGCAUACCCGUUGGGAAUGAUCAUAUACGAUUUAUCUAUAUCCGUACCUCCUCUUUCUCAUCUUGAAGUAUUCCCGUUUGAGCUCUUCCGAGAGCCACUUGUUAUUUUAGCAAUUGCCGAUGGCGCGGAAAUCUCAGUGAACGGAGGCCCAGGCCAAGGCGGCCAUGUCAAGGAGAGAUCCAACGGAGCAGAUUCCGCGAAGCAUCCCAACCUAGAAGGCCUCGAUUUACUUGUUCAAGAGCUGGAUGGAAUAAAUACAGACUACCCAAAGUCCGUAGUCCAACAGCUGUUAAUUUUUGAUUUCGAUGGACUAGAUAACAUAGUCUCUGGGCCUGAGCAAGUGAUUUGGAUUCCCAGCCAGGAGGCAUCACGUCCGACAACUAUGAAGACGGUGAUGUGCGACAUAUCAGCUCGAGUUCUUGGAGGGCUACAAAUGUUUUCGGAAUCGGUGCUACAUUGGCAAAGUAUCGAAUCCCCCAAAGUCUCCUCAUGGGGCCCACGUCGGACCCUUGAUUCUCGGCCAUCCGAAAAACUUGCCCACCGGAUGACAAUGCCUGCACAACUACCGUCACGACCAAACGAGCUUUCCUUAGAAGGACACGAAUCGUCCUCAAGUGUGGGGCAUGAAUCACCUACCACGUUUGAUGAAAUCACUCGCUCAAUCCAGAUCGCAAACAAAGCAACGUCAGCACUCAAUUCUAGUUCGAAGCCUAGGUCAAAAGAGCAUAACCAAGAUCGGUCAUCAGCGACAGGCAUUGCUGGCAUUGCUUCAAAUGAACGGGCAAAGGCUCGUUUUCAAGGCCGUCUACACGUUCUCGCUGGUAUGCUAUAUCUUCAGGGAGGUAUAUGGCCGGAAGCCCUUAAAGACCUUGUAGAAGGUGCCGCCAUUGCCAGGUCAGGGAGCGACUAUAUAUGGCAUGCGAAGGCAUUGGAAGGGAUACUUAUCUGUUUGCUUAUGUUUGGGUGGGUGGGUGCAAAUUUCCAGAUUCCGCUCAUAUGCUUCCCCAACAGUGAUAGAACCGCGACAAAGGCUAUGCCACCGCUUGGUAAUGAGUCACAUGGAAAGUCGGACCCUGAAGCCAGGGUUUUGGCUCUCCAAAAUCUAGCGAAUAUCCUUCCUGACAUCUCGAACUACAUAUUAAGCCUCUAUAACAGGGCGAUCAAUAUCACAGAUGAACCACUUCCCCAGUUGGUGUUUUCGGAAACAGUGAUACGGCUUGCAAAGCUAUUAACAACUGUGCAAAUACGUGACGGCUCUCUUGAUACUGAAGGUUUGCAGCACAUAGUCUUGAAUAAGCCGUUAGAGCGUGCUCCUCGGCUCGACCAGCCUAGGAGAUCAGCCACACUACGCAAAACAGAGAUAUCCUCUUUCUUAUUCCGCGCCCUCCCUCCCUCAUUAUCUUCAGAUGUUCCAGUAACAGAUGCUGUGCAAAUAUUUAUUGGUGUAGCUGCUGUUUUAUCACCAUUAGGACUGGAAAGAAAGCGAGCAUUUGUCCUAAAAGAGCUCUUCUCAAUUCUUAUCCCUGGCCUAGUACAAGCUAGGAAGAUUGGCGCCGCGGAAAUUGGCAUUCACCCGGCGGCAGGAUUGUCAGCCCUCAACAACGCCUCUUUUGAUAUUAAUGCUUUGGAUAUUGGGCCCGCAAAUAUGGAAGCCGGCCUGAGAUCCGUUCUAGCUCUAGUUGGGGGGGUUUAUGGUGCAAAACUCACUUAUGGUCAAUUAAACUAUUCAAGUGAACGACAUGAUGACGACUAUGAUUUUGAAUAUGAUUCGGUUGAGGCGACCAUCGAGCGUACAUUUCGAAACUCUGCACUCGACACAUACGGAGAUCUGGGUUUGAACAUCGAAAUCCUCAAAUCUUGCAUUAAUUUCUGUGAGGCCUUACCCGAUUUUCAGGGCGUUUUGAACUUUACCGUUGCACUUCUCCAGGCAGUUAAAGGCACAUAUAUGGUUACAACUGACUCCCAAAAAGGAAGGCCAAUUUUGAGCCAUGACGAACAAAUACGCUUAUACAAUACCGUCAAACGGACGGUUAGUGUUGCAUACAAGCUCGGGGUACCGACGUUAGAAGCAGAAUAUUGGGACGACUUUUUGGUUCGAGAUAUUGUGAUUCAAUCCUCUAGUGCAGAGCGCCCUGUCCGGCGAUCGAAGCAGGAGUUUGGGGUCACUGUUGUCUCUGAGAAACAUGGAGAAGCAGGGCCGUUUAUUUAUAAUGCAUUUUCUAAACCUUCACAGCCAACGUCGGAAUCACCACUUAUUGCAGGCGAGCCUGCAACUGCGACGGUUGUGUUACAGAAUCCAUUCGACUUCGAAGUUGAGAUUGAUCAUUUAAGGCUAGAGGGCGAAGGUAGUGCAUUCAAAGCUAGUGCUUCAAAUUUACUCCUUACUCCGUUUUCUCUCCAGGAAAUAAGAGUUACUUUGUUGGCUACUGAGGAAGGAGUGCUUAAAAUUACAGGAUGCACUGUUAAAGUGAAAUUCUGCCGAGAAAGGCGCUUCCCCAUAUUCAAGAAGCUAUGGAAGACAGUUGCAGAGCCUAAACUCAAACGAACCGGACUGGCCGCGAAGGAAUCGUUGUUAUCGCGCCCUAUAUCAUGGGGUUCCAACACUUCCCAAAGAUCUUUACCCUCAAAGACACCGCCUGAGGCUGUAUCGUUAUCAGCCAAUGUCAUCAAAGCGCAGCCAAUGAUUGAAGUGCAAAGUUCAUCGCUUUUACAGUCUGCAAUUAUGAUGUUAGAGGGAGAGACUAGCUCAUUCGACAUAACACUGUACAAUUCCUCUCAUUGUUCAGCUGACCUCCUUCUCUUUACCUUCCAAGAUUCGACAACAACCCACUUACAGGCCGCACUGAAUAAUAAAGACAACCUGCCAACUGAGAUAUACGAAUUGGAGUUUCAAAUGUUGAAAAGGCCCCCGUUACGAUUACGACCUGCUGGUUCAGGGAAAGAUAUACCAUCACUCGGGCCAGGCGAAUCAAAGACCUUUACGAUCGAGAUAUUAGGCAAACCGGGCCUUCGAACUGCGACAGUAUUAGUUGACUAUGCAUGCAUUGGAGCAUCCCCGUCCGAACUCCCGGAUUCCUUUUAUACAAGGCAGAUCAGCAUACCCCUGACUGUCACUGUCAAUGCAAGCUUAAAUAUUGCAAGAUGCGAGAUUCUGCCAUUCAACGGCCACCUUGGAUGGGUCAGUGAUGCGCCUUCCAACAACGAAUCUAGAGGGCAGUCUAGACCGAACAAACCCACAUUGGACUCCUCGUCGAUUUCUUCCCGGGUCCAAAGAGACCCCCAGAUAUCGCCUGUCAUCUCUCAACUCGGUUCAAAAUACACAGGGUCUGACUACUGCCUCCUUCUCAUAGACUUGCGGAAUUCAUGGCCAAAUCCAAUAUCUGCGUCGCUUAAAGCAAUUGAAUCCAUCGAGGAAACAAUUGAUAACUCGGAGUCUAGCAACCUUAUUCCACAUCUACAAGAAGUGUCCGAUAUACUGCAACCCGGUCACCUUUCUCGCUUCGCUCUAGCCAUCCCACGGAUAUACCUCGACGAUCCCCACCAGAAAAUUCCUGCUCUCAAUGCUGCAAACCGGCGACAAUUCGUGGUUAGUGCCAACAAGCUCAGUUAUGAGGCGGAAACUGCAAAAAGAGAGGCAUUCUGGCUUCGUGAGAAGAUGUUUGAGCAUCUCCAGGGGACUUGGAAGGACGAAACGACUGGCCGGGAAGGACUGAUUGACUUUCGUGCGAUUAUUUUGAAUAGUCGUAUGAUAAAUGCGCUUCGGGUGGAUGACCUUGAGUCGAGUUUCAAAUUGAUUCCACUGGGUGCAACCGAUGAUAGCGUUGUCUAUGACUCCCAGCAUCCAUUCAUCAUACAAACAGGCCAGUCGAGAUUCUCCGCCUUAACAAAUACAUUCUUCAACCUCCAAACUACCAUCUAUAACCGUUCGCCAAAACCAAUUCACCCUCUUAUUCGGAUACAACCGACUCUACGCAACCAGCCAUAUACCGUUGCCUUAGAGCUAUCAAGGCGUCUCUCCUGCACAGGCAUGCUCCAGAGAGCCCUCCCUGUUCUAGAGCCGAAGGAACACAGGAAGAUAAACCUUGGCAUCACAAUUCAUUGUGCUGGCGAGUAUGAGGUUAGAGCUACUGUGGAGGAAGUCAGAGCAGCAAACACGCUCGCAACCAGCUCCGAAGAGAGAACUGCAACAUCGUCCGACAAAUAUACCUACCAUCAUGACAGCUACCAACAAUCGUUCGAUACUGGUGCUCCGCGACAGAGGCGCAGAUGGCAUUCUCGGUUACCUUGUAUAAUAUCAGCGCGAGAGAGCCUUAUCUAA